UUGAACACUCUUGCAAAGCAUUCUAUCGAAACCAUGUCUCUUUGUGGGAAACUUGUGAGUGAAUUACCAAUAAAUGCAUCAGCAGAAAAAUGCUACAAAAUCUUCAAAGAUAAUUGUAAGCAUAUGCCUAAUAUUACACCAAAAUUCAUUCAACAAGUUGAUGUUCAUGAUGGUGAUUGGGACACUCAUGGUCAUGGCUCUAUCAAAAUUUGGAACUACUUUGCCGAUGGUAAACCAGAAGUUUUGAAAGAGCAGGUGGAAUAUGAUGAUGCGAAACUAAAAAUAACCCUGCGUGGAAUAGAAGGAAGUCCAUUCCGGGACUAUAAAUUUUUCAAACCAAUUUUUCAAUAUGUACCAAAAAGUGAUAAUCCCAACCAUUGCUUGGCCAUUCUAACAAUAGAAUAUGAGAAACUCAAUGACAGCUCUCCUUAUCCAUACAAAUACAUCGAGAUCAUGAAUGGCAUUACCAAGGACAUGGAAUCUAACCCAAGCUUUUGAUUCAUAUGAGCUUCAUAAUAAGUACUCAUCUAUAUGGAAUAAUCACAUUAAUAUCCUUAGUAUUAUGUCACUCUAUAUAUGGUGUAUUUAUGUAUUUUAAUCACACAUGUACCAUUAAAUAAUUGUCAUCUACUUGAAAACUUGAUGAAGCUCGGUUGUUAUUAUAUAUUACUUUUAAAUAUCUAUCUAUAUAUAUAUAUAUAUGAUAAUAUAUGUGUUGUCAACA